UAGUAGCUCAAAUCUUGCCUUCACUAAUCAAAUUCUCUUUAAAUCUUAUCAGUCUUGACACAUUUACAAGGAGACAACAGCAAUGCAUUCAAGAGUUCCAAUGGUGACGGUUCUAGCAUUAAUGGCACUGAUGCCAUUGUUCUCAGGAGCAGUGGACAUUCGUCAAUUGAGGCAAUUGGCAGCAAAACACAAUGUGACUUGUGUUCUAGUCUUUGGAGACUCAAGCGUUGAUCCUGGCAAUAACAACCGCCUUCCAACGACUAUGAAGGGCAACUUUCCUCCUUAUGGGAAGGACUUCUUUGACCGUCGCCCCACUGGAAGGUUCAGCAAUGGAAGACUUGCCACAGAUUUCAUAGCUGAGGCAAUUGGUUAUACGAAGGUAAUUCCAGCCUUUCUUGAUCCUAAUCUGAAGCCAACAGAUUUGCUUCAUGGUGUUAGUUUUGCCUCUGCUGCUUCUGGUUAUGAUGACCUUACUGCCAAUCUCUCACAAGUGUUGCCGGUUUCCAAGCAGCUAGAGUACUUGAAGCACUAUAAGCUCCAUUUGUCUCGGUUGGUAGGUGUAAAGAAGGCACAAAACAUCGUAAAUAAUGCUAUAUUUCUUUUGAGUAUGGGCACCAAUGACUUUCUCCAGAACUACUACUUGGAACCAAAUCGCCCCAAGCAAUUCAAUGUUGAACAGUACCAAAAUUUCUUGGCAUCAAGGAUGUUCGAGGACAUUAAGGAAAUGAAUAGACUGGGGGCCACAAGAGUGGUGGUUGUCGGGGUCCCUCCUCUGGGAUGCAUGCCACUCGUCAGGACCCUGGCGGGCCAGAAUACUUGUGUCGAGAGCUAUAACCAAGUAGCCAGGUCACUCAACGCAAAGAUAAAAGAGAAACUGGCCAUUCUCAAGAAAACAAUAGGGAUUAAAGAUGCUUAUGUUGAUUGCUAUGGUGUCAUACAAAAUGCAAUCAAAACCCCAAAGAAAUUUGGAUUGGUGGAAACUUCAAAAGGUUGCUGUGGAUCAGGAACUAUAGAAUAUGGGGACACAUGCAGAGGCAUGACCACAUGUGCUGAUCCAUCAAAAUAUGCGUUUUGGGAUGCUGUUCAUCCUACAGAAAAAAUGUACCGGAUUUUAGCUGACGAGGCUAUAGCAUCUCUUGAUGGAGCACUCAUAGACUAAAGGGUGUUUUGUUACUGUUGAUUACAGGCUAGCAAACAGGCACCCAACAGCCUGUGAAGAUUGGAAAAACGAAACUGGAAACUAAAAUCCUUUUCGUCCUCUAAUCCUCUUCACUCUUACUGUUUGAUAUUCUCAUAACACUAUUUAUAGUAGUAAUGUACUGUUCAAGUCAAACUAAGUUUAUUGUUCCUAGUUUUAUUUUUUGUUCCAAUUGUUAUAUCAAUUAUAUUUAAGCAGAUCGUUUCAGACA